GGUAAGGAUGACUGGGAUGACUGGGGAUGACUGGGGAUGACCAGACAAUAAAAGCCUUUUCGUUUACAUUCAAACCAAAGCAUUCCUCCCUCCUCAUUACCCUUUUCCCGUCUUGGUUCUCCCCCGCUCCCGCGAGUUUAUGGAUUCAGAGUAAUACCGUGUGAUAUAUACUCACCUUCACUGCGUCGUGUUUCCCAUCGAAUCUCGACCGCAAGAACUACAACACGCCCUCUGCGAAUCUGCUGAUAGCUGAACGCUAUUCCCUCCAUCAUCAUGGAUCGAGUCCACGCUUGGAACCCCUUCGUCCGAAGGGAGGCUCAUAGCACCGUCUCCAUCAACACAUACAGGAUCCUCACCAUUGCUUCCUGGUUGCUCGCUCUCAUCGUUUCUGUCUACUACGUUCUCCACGCUCCUCACGAUGGCUUCACAAUUCGCAAAAGCAUCUGGGAUCAGAAUUAUCUUCACCGCACCGCCUUUACUCUGAAUUCUACCAUCGUCGAUGUUUAUUGGAUCGUGCUUUUUAUCCUGCAGGUCGGCUAUGUCGGUCACCUCUUCUCCAAGAACGCAGACCACGUCAACGCCGCCGCCAGCCUUGGUAGCCACUUCAUCCUCAACAACUUGUUCCACUUCGCCUUCGUCAUGCUCUUCGUCCGCUCCCACUUCAUCUGGGCCGAGCUCAUCCUCGUCCUCAACUUCCUCAACCUCAGCUCUCUCUACUUCCGCCACAACACCUAUCCACGCUUCAUCCACCUUCCCGUCGUCUCCGGGCCUCUCGCCUGGACCUUUGUGGCUAUCUAUUGGAAUGGCGCCAUGAUGGUGCCCCACCCUCACUCCCUCGUCGCCCGUAUCUUCGGCAACAUUUUCAUCUGGUCGCUCCUUGCCUACGGUGGCUUCUUCAUCGUGGUCUACAAGGAUUAUACAAUGGGUUUCUCCCUCAGCGUGCUCGCCGCAGCUAUUGGUGUCGGGCAGUUCUUCGACAAGCUCGUCGCCUUCCAAUGGAUCUUCGCCUUCACCAUCAUGGCGGUUCUUUUUGUCUCUACAGCCGCCAUUGCUGUCCCGGCCUGGACCGGCAGGGAGUACAGCUGGUCGAGCCGUACCCGGACUUCGGACCAGGAGCGCGCCCCUCUCCUCGCCGACAACUGAGAGAGGAGCCUGGCUCAUUAUUCAACCGGCAUGCUGGGUCGCCCCUGCG